AUGAAUAAAAUCAAUGCUUCUUCUGAAUUACGCACAUUUAAAAAAAUUAAAUUAGAGCCAAAGAUAUAUGAUCUUACUUUGGAAAGUGAUAGUUUAUUAGAUUCUUCUGAAUAUAAUGAUAAUACACUUAAAGCCAAAAAGACCACAGAAGCUGGAACUCAGUUAGUAAAUGAUCAAGAUUUUCAAAAAUUUCGCUUACAAUUCUCUAAUUCAGAUAAAUUAUUAUCUCAACCUUCAAGUUUAUGCAUAUUCCCAAAUUCAUAUAUUUCAUCUCCACUUUAUAAUCCAUUACAAAUAGUUCCUACCUUUACUUUAUCCUAUUCAGAUUUAGAACCAACAUUAUAUACUGCAAAACCAUCUUUACCUACUUUUGAUGAAUUUUUAAAAUCAAUUAAUAAAAAUGAAAGCAUUGACGAUUAUUAUCAAAGUUUUUUAUCAAGAUUUGAACAACAGUGA